AUGGCGGACAUCCCGCUGUUCUGCUCCAGUUGCCUGGAUCCGCGGGGGAUAGCCUCUCUGCCGCCGAGGAUCACCGCCCGAUCGCCGGGAGUGGCGGCGGCACUACCGCCGCUGGCGCCGAGGAAGCUGCGGCUUGGGCCGGCGCACUGCAUCGAGAGUUCGUCCUUUGCUGCCCCGGCCCCUCUGGAGCUCAUCUCCACCGAUGGUACUACAGCCCUCGUCGAGCUCUCCCCAUGGGGAAGGGCGGAUUUGGAUUUCUGCGCGGACUGCGCCUCCUCUGCUGGUCGCCGUGGUGUGGCUGUUACUGACGCUGUGGCCGGUGGUGGUGGUUUCCGCAGUGUGCUCGGACGGCAGCGUCAUCUUCCACUUCGGGAUCGCCGGAGAGUUGGAGGAGGAGGCCGUCGGCGGCGAGGUGGAGGACGCCGCCUUGGAGGUCGUCCGCGAGGUCAGUGACGGUGGUGGGAACGAUGCUGCGGACGGUGCUUUGGAUGUGCUCGGAUCCGGAAUCGACGCGGUGGCGGGAUUGGGGAGUGGGGAGGAGGCCAAUUUGGGGAUCGCGGUGUGUAGAAUUCCUGCGUUGGUUGGAGCAUUUCAGGCGGAAGGUGGUGCGGAAGCAGGGAGCUCUUCGCCUGCCGGCGAGGGGGGAGUGCUGGCGGGGGGAGACACCGUGGAGCAUGUCGAAAUUGUUGGGGAAGAAGAAAGUUCGUUUUUAAUUGGUAAUGGCGGCGUGGAUACGGACGUCGGACUUGCGCAAGCUACCACAGAAAUAGAAAAGUUACCGUCGGUGGGACGUGACGAAAACGAAAGGUAUGGGACCGAAAGAGAAUUGGACGAGAAUAUCCCAGAGGAGAGGGGCUCCUAUCCCGGGUUGGGAAAUCUCGAACCAGUGGAGAGGGAAGGGGGUACUGAUGUGCCGUUGAAGGAGGUCGAUGAGCCUUCUGCGGACGUGGGAAUUCCCCCCCCUCCGAUGGAGGUAAACCUGGAACAGGUAGUGGAAGGCAGCGGAAGAUCAGAGGUUGACCUCGAGGGAGAUGGUCAAACUGAGGAGAGCAGACUUGUCUCACCGAGGGAAGAGCUGGAAGAGCUUGUGCAAAUCAGGAGAGGAUCAGAGAUUAUUGCUGCAGGAGAUUGUGGAAUUGAUGGUCUUCUUGACUCACAGAGUCGGGACUCGGAACGUCUGGUGUCGGAGGAUGAAGGUGAGGGGAAGGAAAGUAUGUCUGAAGCCGGUGAAGACCAGCAAGAGCUCAAAGAAGAUGAGGUGGGGCUUCAAGACAACGAUGAGGAAGGCAUAAUCGUCUCCCUGGUUGAUCAGGAAGUGCUCCGAGAUGAAAAGGUAUCCGAUUCAGACCAGAGAAGCUUAGAGAACUGUGAUCUUGGAGAUGUUACGGUGAACGCUGGGACUGUUGAGAACACGAGCCUAAUGGAUAUGUCAAAUGAAAAAGAGGAUGCGGCAGAGCGUCCGGAGGAUGAUCAGGGCGAUGAGAUCAUCUCCCAGGAUGAGAAUGAGGCCUCUGAAGAUGAGACGAUAUCUGAUGUGGACAUGGAACGGAUAGAGAAGUUGAAACUUCACGAUGCUGAUAUGAUCCCUACCAGAGUUGAGGAGAUCAACCAGGAAGGAGUAUUAUUACAGGUCUGCUUUAUGUUAAUUGUUGCACUAUGCUAUUCUUUUAGCGCGAUUGGAAUAACAGACUUUAUUUUUACCUUUUAUUAUUCUAUUUUCUUGGAUGUAUACAGCAUCAAAUUAGGCUCUUACAGACCCUUUGAUAAAUCAUUAAACCUGGUCUACAAACUAUAUGCUACUAGCAGACCUAGCAACUUGAAUAAUUCUGACAGGUUGCCAACGGUUUGAAUAUUUUUUCCUUUUAUGUGUUUUCGUCAAAUGACGAAGAUAUCUAAAUACGGAGGAGAAGAUAAAACCCAUCUCACUAAUCAUCCGUUGUGAGGGCCCCGGUAUCCCUAGGCUAUGCCUCUCUACUCAUUCAUAGCUUCAUGUGGAGAAUGAAAAAAAAAAUCAAAAUUAGGCCAUUUUCUAUAGCCAUAGGCUCUCCAUAUGUUCUAAAGACUAUUAAAGCUUGCGUUCAAUUUCCCCAAAGUCAAUCCUCUCGGUGCCAAAUAAAAGUUGGAGUCAAAGUCUGCCAGACUAGCCCAGAAAGAUCUCAUGUUCUAUGGAAACUUAGGAACUGAUGGCAGAUGCAAAAUUACUAAUGGAAUUAUUGAGCAAACAUGGUGUCCGGAGUUUUUCAAUACUGCAAUAAUAUUUUCCUAUAAUUUCCCUACUGUUUAUUUAAUUUUGAUGACCGUGAUCAUGUACUACAUGUUAGGAUGAGAGAGAACGUUAACCUUGGUUUCUUUCCAGGCAGAAAAUACAGAAGUGGUGGGAGGAGACGACAGUUUUAUUGAUGAUGGUAGUGAUGAUGAUUUGGCAGUUCAAGUUGCAGACAGUGGACGUACCUCUGUUCCAAGCGGGUGUGCAUACUCUGUCCUUUUCAAGUUUUUUUGGACAUAACCUGAAUCUUAUCUAUGUGUUACUUAGCCCGAAUCAUAUUUAUGUGGCUUAACUAUUAAAACCCCGGAAUUUUAAACACAGAACUUCAGAUUCCCAUUAAUAUUAGAGUUGGGUAGGUAAAGGUUGACCUUUUUUUCGUUCAGUCCUCCUUCUCUUCAUUCAUCUUGUACGAUUUUUAGCACCUUGGAUCAGCAGUACUUACGAUCUGAAAGUAAGUGCCCUGCUUUUCUUCUGCAACAUACCCAUGCGAAGUUCUAGGCACUUUUUCAGGGUCAAUGGAGGAUUUCGAGCAGGGUUAUUUCUAAGUAGAUUAUUUAUGCCCCACAGGUACUGCCUUCUUUGAAGAGACUGUUAGGAGGCUUCAUUAUAGCGUUUGCCAUUUAUUUAAUAUUUAUGUAUUUUUGUGAAGACUAGCCUUUCUAACGGGGAGAAAUGGCCCAAAAACACAUACACACAACAGAUUAAUUUUAAAAAACUUAAUGCCACUUCUUUGAAGUCUACUGGUGAAACUAGUUACAGAUAUAUCUUUUGAAACUGUCUCUCUGCAUCAGAGCAACUUAAUAAGGCUUGUAAUGUCUGUCAUAUGUGAACCAUCGCUGGUUUGAAAUUUAAAUCCCAUACGCCUAUGAUUCAUGCAUGGCAUAUGAACUCAUCUUUUAGGUUUUCUCUUGUGAACUCGGAUUGUAGAGUGAAGUUGACGGUGUGCUACUGUUUAUGCAAUAAGAAUAAAUAUUUCGUAGAUCGCUGUAAACUUUCGUAUCUCAAUUUUUAUUGCUUCUUCCGAGCUUCAUAUGACAUUAUAUCGUUGUAAGCUCUCAUGUCUGUUUUUUUUAUUUAUUAUUUCUUCGAAACUAGGAAUAUGACAUCAUCAACAAAACCAAGAUAUGUUCUUUCCUCUGGUGCCGCAAUGUUGCCACAUCCCUCCAAGGUACUUUAUCCGAGUUUAAUUCCUCAGAAUAUGCUGUUCACUAUUUCAUUUUUCCUGAGAGACUGCUUCAUCAGUCAUUUUACAUUUUUACUCCCACGCCCUGAAUGCAUGUUUGGGAAACACCAUGCGCAUUUAUCCGUGAAUAUAUUCAUAAAUAAUAUCGAUAAUUCCCAUCAAUGAAUCCAUCAAUAUAUUGUCAUGUAUGUAUUCAUAUACUCUGGUGCUUGCAUUGCGGCAGAUGGAUAAUAUUGGAAUAACAUCAACCGAAAAUAUGAGCAAUUCCUCUUGGGUCUCCUUCGUACUUGGCGCUUUUCAUUGGCAUUACACCGACGAAUGCAUUACCUAUGUGACCGAUAAUGGGCACAUUUUUCUUCAGAGUCCUUUCCUAGUACUAUUUUUCGUGCUCAGAUUAUGAUCCACGAAGAUUAGAAGAAUCAUGUUCUUGUGGGGGUCAGAUUAGGCAUGUUUAGUUCGCCAUUUGUACUAUUUUUUCUGCUUUCUUCUCUUGCGGAUAAGAUUAGUAAUCUGGAGUAACAAUGCCAGGCAUUGACAGGCGGCGAGGACGCCUACUUCUUGGCCUGUGAGGGCUGGCUGGGUGUGGCAGAUGGAGUCGGUCAAUGGUCUUUUGAAGGUAAUCUGUCUCUCCAGCCGCCCUCCAAAUCACGAUCACAUUUGAAAAGAAAGUAACCAGACGAAUUUCUUCUACUCUCAGUUUGUGAAAUCUUUAUUUUUUCCCUAAAAAUGGAAUUUUUUUUAUUAUAGUUAGAAUAAUUAAAGUAAUUAUCUAGACUGAUUCAUUUGGGAAACUGAUUUAAUCAUAAACAGAAUCUUAUAACUAAAAAAAAGUUAUUAUUUGGUCUAGAAUUCCUCUUCAAAAUCAGACGCGAGGGUUGACUUUUCUGCCACGAAGUGGAAGAUUUUUUAUUUUUUUUAAUAAAGAAAUGGUUCAAUUCCUUGCUCUUGGGAUGGAGAUCGAAUCUAGAACCAUGCUUUUUGUUUCUGUUCUGCUGCAAUUAUAUGCCGUGGAAAUCGCAUAUUCAGUUCCUCAUCUGCUGCUGCUUCUCUCUCUCUCUCUCUCUCUCCCCUCUCAGGGAUCAAUGCUGGGCUGUUUGCCAGAGAGCUCAUGAACAACUGUGAAAGGCUCGUAUCAGACUGCCGGGGAGCUCCAGCGGCUCCGCCGACGCAGAUUCUUUCCCAGAGCGCCAUGAAAUCUCGGUCUCUUGGUUCUUCUACAGCAUUGGUGGCUUUCUUCGACGGCCAGGUACCUCUCGAUGCUCAAAUGUCCCAAGAUAAAGAUCGAAUAUUAUUUUCGGCACUUUAUUCGAACUUUAUUUCUGAUAAAAAAAAGGGAUGAACUUGGGAAUAAUCUGAGGAUGAGAUUCUGCCCCCCACGAACAGGCUCUCCACGUGGCAAACAUCGGGGACUCCGGCUUCAUGAUAAUGAGGAACGGUCAGGUUCUGCAGAGGUCCACCCCUAUGGUUUAUGGCUUCAAUUUCCCUCACCAGAUCGAAAGAGGAGACGAUCCCUCCAAAUCCAUACAGGUACACGAUCUUCCAUGCUAUUACUAGAAUAAUCUCGCAUUAGAAAAAUAAAAAAUAAAAUAAAAUCCAAGAACACUCCUCUAGGAUCCAAGAACAACCCGGAUCUCACAUUUUUGUGGAUAAAUGAAUGAACAGAUAAAUAAAUAAAUAAAUAAAUCAGUCAAUAGAUGAAAUUCUGUGAUUAUACAAGCUCAUGCCAUGCGAAUUUUCUGGGUCGAAUGGCCCAACAGUUUCUGCGUCGAAAUCUCUCGUUUUAAGAAAAUAAUACAAUCCUGUCAAUGUUUGAGUUGACUAUGAGCAAUCUACGAUCGAAGAACACCCAAAAAUCUCACAUCUAGGGGGCCAAAACAUACAUAUAUAUGUAUAUAUAAUCUUGUUAAUUUUGAGUUGACUAUGAGCACUCUAGGAUCUAAGAACACGCAAAUAUCUCAUAUCUAGGGGGCAACAAAAAAAGAAAAAAAGAAAAGGUUUAAUCCUGUUUAACUUUAGAGUGGAACGGAAGGUGACCGGAAAAAUCUCAGACUUUAUGGGCGAGGGAAAAAAAGAAGAAUCUUGUGGUCGGAAAAUACUCAUCGCAUAGGCAUGUUUCUUCAAUCAAACUGGCCUGUAAUUUCUCGAAAUCUCAGGUGUAUAAGCUGGAGUUGGAAGAGGGCGACGUGAUCGUAACAGCGACGGACGGCCUCUUCGACAACCUCUACGAGCAGGAAAUCAUGGCGAUCAUCUCCAGGUCCCGGGAGGCUGGCACAAGCCCCACUGUAAGAAAUCCCCCCCCCCCCCCCCCCUUCGCCUGAACCCUAGUUCUGGCCGGCGACCUGAUGAGUGGGCUCUCUGGUUUUUGCCCUAAUUUCCAGGAGAUCGCGGGGUUGUUGGCCGAGAGGGCGCAGGAGGUUGGGCGGUUGCCGGCGACGAGGACCCCCUUCGCCGACGCCGCCCACGCCGCCGGAUACCCGUCCUUCGCCGGCGGGAAGCUCGACGACGUCACCGUCGUGGUCUCCGUCGUCUGUAGCUCGUGA